AUGCUCUCAGACGACGAAUAUGACUACCUCUUUAAGCUUGUGCUUAUUGGUGACUCUGGUGUAGGAAAGUCUAACUUGCUUUCUCGAUUCACAAUGAGCUUAUGUCUCUUAAAGACCAACGAGUUCAAUCUCGAAAGCAAGAGUACUAUUGGUGUAGAAUUUGCAACAAAGAAUAUUGAAAUAGAAAAGCGUUCUAUUAAAGCACAAAUCUGGGAUACAAGCGGACAAGAACGUUACAGAGCCAUUACAGGAGCUUACUACCGUGGUGCUGUUGGUGCACUUGUUGUCUAUGACAUUACCCGCAGAAACUCCUUUCAAAAUGUGUCACAUUGGUUAAAGGAACUUCGAGACCAUGCCGACCAAAAUAUUGUGAUUAUGUUGGUUGGUAACAAAGUUGAUUUGAGCGAAACGAGUCGUGCUGUUACAACAGAAGAAGGUGCAGAUUUAGCUGAAAAAGACGGAUUUUUAUUUAUGGAAACCUCAGCACUUGAUGCUACCAACGUAGACAGCGCGUUUGAAAAGGUGUUUACUACCAUCUUUGAAAACUUACCCAAGACUUCACAAACAUCAGCAGACGAAAAGAGUGCUUCUGGCCCUACAAACGGUGAACGCGUUCAACUAAGACCCCCAAGUGUUCGUAGCAUGUCUCGUAACAGUAGUAUGGAUGAAAACAGAGAAUAUCGCAAGAAGGAAAAAGCUGGUGGUGGUUGUUGUUAA